AUGCCCAGCACUUUUGGCCUCACAAGUCGCGCUUCCAACGUCCGAUCUCGUGGCACCUUUCGCAAGCGAGGUGGUGGUCCAAGAUCCGGCUCUUUCAAAAGCGCCACUGAAAAGGCCAUCGCCAAUGCUGCAGCACAACUUGUCAAGGGAGUCGAAGACGGCUCUGCGGUCGAGGAGCGUUUCCAAGAGCUCAAGGAGCGCGACGAGAUUGACGAAAAGCUCGGCUUCCACCGUCUAGAGCAGGGCCAAACAAGACAGGCAUGGCUCGUAAACAUGCACCCCACCCUACUUCGCGAUCCAGAUCACCCCACCGGCAAGAGCGGCGUUGACUUCUAUUUCAUCGAGGACGACGCAAGUAUGUUCAAAGCCACCGUGCUCUAUCAACCAUACUUUCUCGUCGGAUGCAGACCCGGUACGGAAAGCUCAGUCGAGGAAUGGCUCCGACGCAGAUACGAAGGUCUCGUCCAGUCAAUACAGCGUGAUCGCAAGGAGGAUCUCAAACUACCCAACCAUCUGCUCGGAAAUCAGCGUCUCUACCUCCGUCUCACCUUUCUCAACGUCCAAGAUCUGCUCUCGGUCCGAAAAGAGCUUCUUCCAAUCGCAAAAGCGGCGCAAAAAAAGCUCUCUGCUGUCGACACCUACGCUGACGUGCUCAGCGCCGCUUCCGCCGCUGCAAGCGCAUCUCUCGGCAUCCAGCUUGACUCUGAUGGCCACAAUGCCGCUCUUGAUCCAGACGACGGCUGGACCGGUGCUCGAAAGCGUGCCGCAGCCAGCGCUCUCGACCCUGCCGAGUGCCUCGUCGACAUUCGAGAGUACGAUAUCCCUUACUACCUACGAGUCGCCAUCGAUCAGGAUGUCCGAGUUGGUCUAUGGUACGACGUCAGCUUCGAGGAUGGCAUCGUCAGUCUCAACAUGGUCAAGGAUCGUGUCAAGCGUGCUGACCCCGUCGUCAUGGCUUUCGACAUCGAGACCACCAAGCAACCACUCAAGUUUCCCGACGCAGAAACCGAUGCUGUCAUGAUGAUCUCGUACAUGAUCGAUGGCCAAGGUUUCCUCAUCACCAACCGCGAAAUUGUCUCUGAAGACAUUGAAGACUUCGAGUAUACCCCAAGGGAUGAGUACGAAGGUCCCUUUAUCAUCUUCAACGAGCCCGACGAGCUCGGCGUGCUCCAACGCUUCUUCAGCCACUUUCGCGAAGCCAGACCCACCGUCGUGGCCACCUACAACGGUGACUUGUUCGAUUUCCCCUUCAUCGACGCACGUGCCCGUGCUCAUGGUCUCAACAUGAUGAGCGAGAUCGGCUUUGCAAAAGACUCGGACAAUGAAUACAAGUCGCGCGCCACUGCCCACCUCGAUUGCUUCAGGUGGGUGCAGCGUGACUCGUAUCUCCCGCAGGGCUCUCAGGGUCUCAAGGCUGUCACGGUCGCCAAGCUUGGCUAUGAUCCCAUGGAGCUCGACCCAGAGCUCAUGACGCCAUAUGCCAUCGAGCAGCCUCAGACGCUAGCCCAAUACUCGGUAUCCGACGCUGUCGCCACCUACUACCUCUACAUGAAGUACGUCCACCCGUUCAUCUUUUCGCUGUGCAACAUCAUUCCUCUCAACCCGGAUGAGGUGCUUCGUAAGGGCUCCGGCACCUUGUGCGAAACGCUUCUCAUGGUACAGGCGUUCAAGGGUAACAUCAUCAUGCCCAACCGUCACGAGGAUCCUGUCGGCAACACCUACAAAGGCCACCUCCUCGAGUCCGAGACCUACGUCGGUGGGCACGUCGAGGCACUCGAAGCUGGCGUCUUUCGUUCCGAUAUCGAGACCGACUUCCGUGUGGAUCCAGCAGCCAUCCAGCAGCUCAUCGAUGACCUCGAUGCUGCGUUGCAGUUCAGUAUCCGCGAGGAAGGAAAGCUGGACCUGGACGACAUUGAAAACUACGACGAGGUCAAAGCCGAAAUUCGCACCAUGCUCGAGGUCAUGCGCGACCAGCCCGUUCGCAAAGACUGUCCUCUUAUCUAUCAUCUCGACGUCGCCGCCAUGUAUCCCAACAUCAUGCUUAGCUACCGGCUCCAGCCGGAUUCCAUGGUAAGUGAAGCCAUGUGCGCCACUUGUGACUACAAUCGUCCGGGCAUGAAGUGCGACAAGCGCAUGGACUGGGCCUGGCGAGGCGAGUACUUCCCUGCCAAGCGUGACGAGGUCAACAUGAUCCGCAAUGCGCUUUCCAACGAGACCUUCCCUCCCAAAGCGGCCCAUCUCGCGCGCCGCACCUACGACGAUCUCGACCCAAACGAGCGCACCGCACUGCUUCACAAACGACUCGGAGACUACUCGCGCAAGGUCUACCGAAAGACGCACGAAUCCAAGACAGUGAUCCGUGAGGCCGUAAUCUGCCAGCGCGAGAACCCCUUCUACAUCAACACGGUGCGAGACUUUCGUGACCGUCGAUACGAAUACAAGGGUCUUCACAAGACGUGGAAGAAGAACCUCGACAAGGCAGACUCGCUCAACGACACAAUCGAGGCCAAAAAGAUGAUUGUGCUCUACGACUCGCUCCAACUGGCCCACAAGUGUAUCUUGAACUCCUUCUAUGGAUACGUGAUGCGAAAGGGUGCACGUUGGUACUCGAUGGAGAUGGCGGGCAUCACGUGCCUCACCGGUGCUUCCAUUAUCCAGAUGGCCAAAGAGCUGGUUGACCGCAUUGGUCGUCCGCUCGAGCUCGACACCGACGGUAUCUGGUGCAUGCUUCCUGGCGUGUUCCCCGAAAACUUUAACUUCAAGGUCAAAGGCGGCAAGAAGUUUGGUAUCUCGUAUCCUUGCACCAUGCUCAACCAUCUCGUUCAUGAAAAGUUCACCAACCACCAAUACCACGAGCUGGUCGACAAGCAGACGGGCAAGUACGAGGUGCGCAGCGAGAACUCCAUUUUUUUCGAACUCGACGGUCCCUACAAGGCCAUGAUCCUGCCUUCGUCCAAGGAAGAGGACAAGCUGCUCAAGAAGCGCUAUGCUGUCUUCAAUACAGAUGGCUCGCUUGCCGAGCUCAAAGGUUUCGAGGUCAAGCGCCGAGGCGAAUUGCAGCUCAUCAAGGAUUUCCAGAAACAAAUCUUCGAAAAGUUUUUGCUGGGCACCACGCUCAACGAGUGCUACGCUGCCGUUGCCAAGGUGGCUAACCAAUGGCUCGACGUGCUGUACAGCAAGGGUUCUACCUUGCACGACGAGGAGCUGAUCGACUUGAUUGCCGAAAACAAGUCCAUGUCCAAGACGCUUCAGGAAUAUGGCAGUCUGAAGUCGACCGCCAUCACGACUGCCAAGCGCUUAGCCGAGUUCCUGGGUGCUCAGAUGAUCAAGGACAAGGGUCUCGCCUGUAAGUUUAUCAUCAGCGCCAAGCCCUUCGGAGCACCUGUCACGGAGCGUGCCGUUCCUGUGGCUCUUUUCAACGCCGAGCCUUCCGUCAAACACUACUACCUCAAGAAGUUCCUGCGUGAUAACUCGAUCACCGACUUUGACAUUCGCAACAUUCUCGAUUGGAAUUACUACAUCGAGCGAUUUGGUGGUGUCAUCCAGAAGCUCAUCACCAUUCCAGCAGCGAUGCAGAAGGUGUCCAAUCCUGUACCAAGAGUACGGCACCCUGACUGGCUUCACAAGCGCGUCGCUGCGCGUGAAGACAAGUUCAAGCAGAGGAAGCUCACCGACGUCUUCCGGCCAGCUGCCAAACCAACUUCCAUCGAGGCGUGCACAACGCUGAAGCCAGCGGCUGCAGUCGCAUCGGCGGACAUCGUAGAGAACGAACCGGAGGUUGAAGAGGUCGCUCCAGAUAUCACAGUCGACUACUCUGGAUGGGUCGCCGUCAUGAAGAAAAAGUGGCGAAAGCAACGGCUGCAAAGGGCAAAGGAACGCAAGGCAAGGGCCAACGGUGGUGGAGCUUUCAUUUCAUCGUCGCUGGGCAAAGGCACUGUUGGCUCGAUGUUCUCCAAACGAUCUGCUAAUAUGGCUACAGCUGUCUGGGACAUUGUUCAGAUCUGUGCGACAUCACGUCCAGGAGAGUAUCGAUUGUGGAUCUCAAUCGACCAACAUCUGCAAUCGCUCAAGCUCAAGGUACCACGUCAGUUCUACGUCAACUUCAAGAGUCAGCCCAGCGAAAGCGUCUUCCUUUCCGGCGUCUAUCGAGCUGAGAGGCUGGUCAAGACACUUCCUCGAGACGCUCCCUGUCGACACCUUUACCGCAUCACAGUCGAUGAAGACGUGUAUCAAGAGCAAGAAUCGCACUUUAGCAACCUCAUCCACCACCCCAACGUCGAAGGCGUCUACGAAAAGCAGUUGCCGCUCGACGUGCGGGCGCUUAUCCAGCUCGGAUCGACGUGUGUUUACGGACGCAACUCGCAGGCGCCCAAACUGAGCCGAGCGCUUGACACGGGUUUCCACUUGCAAGAUCUGUCUGCGCCUACCUCCGUCGACAUCUCGCCCAACCACAAAUAUCUCUCUGGUGGCGCUGGUAUUCGCUACUUCUACCUAUACCAUGCGCAUAGGGAUGGUCGGCACGUGAUUAGUCUGUUCAGCCCGGAAGGCGAGAUAAAGAUGCACAUUGUGGACAGCGCAGGUUUGCGACAGGUGCCCAACGUCGAGACGAUGUAUGCAGACCGCGUUGCACACAUGCGCAAACGUGGCAAGCUCGAAGAGGGAAGCGGAGUGUUCGAAUACAGCGACACGAUGCGUGUCGACGUCCGUGUUCAUACCUCGACCACACGCGCUUUCAAGGCGAUCACCAAGGAGCUCGGUUCCUUGAAAGCUGCCAAGCAGGGAUCGGCCAUGUUGGCUCUGUGCACGUCGAAGGAUCAGGCGUACUACGAGUCGCAUAUCCCGAGUGUUGCCGAAUUUCCCAUUAUAAAGAUCGCAGCAGCGGCGCUGGAGGAUGAACUACCGGCACUCGGUUGGCAGCUCUACUCGGCGCGUAGGAUGUUGCAGUGCUAUCUGCGUGCGUCCAACUGGAUCCGAGGCUGGAUCGAUCUGGCCAGCCACUUUGAUUUGCCGCUGUGCAACAUGGAGAAGGACUUCACGAUCUUUGGCGCCGACAUUGAUUUUGCACGCAGGUUGGUCAAGCAAGACAUGGUGCUGUGGUGGUCGCCGCAUCCUCGGCCGGAUCUCGGUGGAAGGGAGCAGGACAUCCACGCGCAGUCACGGUGGGAUGAGCAGGAGUCGCUCGAGAUCAGCCAUGCAGGGGCCUACUCGACGGUCUGUCUCGAGGUCGGAUUGGUGGACUUGGCCGUAGAUUCGGUGCUUCAGUCAGGAAGCGUCAACGAGAUGGAAGGCAGCACGUCAGGGUUUGCCUUUGAAGGCGCUUCGCACAACCUCGAUGAGUACUCCAGAGGCACCGUCGAGACUGCAACGAUCUUGGGCGAUUCGGUGCUCACCUCUGCCGUCUUUGCAGCAGUCAAGGGGAUGGUCAAGGCAUGGUAUACAACCAAACGACGCAACCGUUCGCCAUAUGCUGCACUUCUUUCGGACAAUUUCUGGCGUUGGGCGUCCUCGGACGGCUCAGCACUGUUCGAGCCUGCUCUGCAGCGGUUUUUGUUCGGGCUGAUGAAGAAGACGCUUCUGCAGCUGCUGGCCGAAUUCAAGCGACUCGGAGCGUCGAUUGUCUACGCCUCGUUCAACCGGCUGUUCUUGCUCACCAGCAAACCCACUGCUGCUAACGCAAUGGCUUACUCUCGAUACUUGCUGACGGCGGUCACGAGCCGUGAGCUGUUCAAGCAUGUGCAGCUGGAUAUCAUCCACUACUGGGAGUACCUGUUAUGGAUGGACACGGCCAACUUUGGCGGUGUAAUUGCUGAUACCGACUCGCUCGUCGCACCAACUGAUGAGCAGGCACAGGAAGCGAGCGCCGCUAACCAGGUGGCGACGUUCAAUGUCGAGAUGAAUUGGAACAUCCAGACGUUCUUGCCGCUUGCGGUACAAGAAAAGUUUUCGGUCGCGGUUGGAUCAUUUAUCUACAGCCUGUACGAGUAUAAGCGCCGUGCGGCUCUGGCUGGCGAGCACGAACGAACGCCCCUGCGUGCUGUCGUGGAGCCCAACACUCCUGCUGACCCUGUUACGCUGCAUGGUGAUGGUGGGCAGGUCAACGGCGAUGGUGGCAAAGACGACCGAACUGCAUUGGCACCCGCAGCGAAAUUUACGAGCGACCUCAUCAACCACACUAUGACGCGCAAGCUGCUCAAGCAUCUCUCGGAGCUCAAGAGCUCCAUGCAGACGUCUUCGGACGAGAUCAACGCCGCCAUUGCACGCGAUGAAGACGAAGAGUACAUUGAUAUGCUCACCACGGAACAUCGACGAAUGUGGUCCUUCCCCGUGCUCCCAGGAUCGUGGCUGACGCCUUCCAAUCCGUUGCUCGAAUUCAUCAAGACCACCAACGCCGUUCUCUCGCUCGCGAAAGACCACGCAAUCGAAGUGUCCAUCCUCAAGCGAAACUUGCUCGACAUGAUCAAAGUGCGCGAAUUCUCGCCUGAAGCCGAGUUCCGCAACCCUUGCGAACCGUUCAAACUGCCACUGGUAAUCUGCACGUUUUGCAAUGACGAUCGAACGCUCGAUCUGUGCAGAGACGCCGACCUUAUGCCCUCUGCCGCCUCAAACGGUGGUGGAGCUCCCAAAUGGAAGUGCGCCAAGUGUCAGUUCCCAUACAACAUCGCAGCUUUGGAGAUGAGACUGGUCAACACGGCAAACGCCUACUUGGAAAGCUUCCACCUGCAGGACCUGAGGUGCAACAAGUGCGGUGCACUAAAGCAGACCAAUUUGCAACCUCACUGCGAAUGCUCUGGAAGUUUCGGAUUAAUGGUGACGAGGAAGGAAACCCUGAAGAGGCUGAAGAGCUUAAAGACGAUUGCGGAGUUUCAUGGCUUGGAGACCACGGCAAUGGCGGUAGAGUCUAUGUUGGCCAUGGUGUAG